GAUGGAAAUGAGGAUGCGGAUAUUAAUAUCCUCGAAUCCAUCUUCUGGAAUUCCUCCUGACCGGGUUCCGGGAAUCGACACUAUCUCAUCCUGAUGCAUGUGAGGCCAUGUGGUUGUUCCGCUGGUCCGGAUGAAACAAUCAUUCCAUCACACCCACUCCUCAUAUCGAUACAUCAACAAUAGACACAACAGACACAAUAGACCAGACAAUAGCAUAGACAAUAGGCAGAAUGAAAGUCACCUCUCCCCUGCGCGUCUCUCUCUCCGCCCAUGGUAGACAGAUCUGCCCCCACCAGCUCUUCCAGUACAACAAUGGCCGCUUCAUCGUCAACGAGGAAUACGAGCUCGCCAAACGUUAUUCCCCAUUCGAUCUCAAAGCCCUAUGCCGCCUCGUAUCCGACUUACCCCAAGUUGCAUCGCCGAUAAGAUCGAUAAACAAAAAGGAGGGCGGCUUCAACAAGGCCCUGCUGAUGAAGGCUGAGAAUGGGAAUACAGUCAUUGCCCGCAUUCCCUGUCGGAAUAUCGUCCCGCGAGAAUAUGGGACUGCGUCUGAGGUGGCUGUUCUGAAAUUUGUAAAAACACGCUCGUCCACCCCCGUCUCAGACGUCCUCGCCUUCUCCUCCAACCCCUCCAACCCCGUCGGAACGGAAUACAUUAUUCUCGACAAAUCGCCUGGCAUCCAACUCACCAAAGUAUGGGAUACUCUUUCCGAACCCGACCGGGUCAAACUCAUUCGUGAAUUCGCCCAGCUGGAGAGUAAACUCGCCAGUAUCGAAUUCCCCGCCUACGGGGCCCUGUAUAUGCGUGAUGCGUUGCCAAAUGCCCUGCGCUGUCCUGGGCGAACCAUCGAUGUAGACGAUAAAUAUGUCAUUGGGCCGCUGUAUCACGGUGCCUGGCCUGGUGGAUUCGCAGCUGAUCCGGAGGAUUAUGCCGAGUAUUCUGGUCCUUGGCGCAAUCUAUCCGACUUCGGCCACUCCCUGGCCCAACAAGGCAUCUUCCAGAUCAAAAACUUCAAAACCUCCUACGCAGGCCGAGGCCCCCAUCAUGGCUCGCCAUCCGCCCACAUCGACCUCCUGCACACCGUGAUGAAACUCAUGCCUGUCCUCUGCGCCUCGCCCACCCUCCGCCGCCACUCCCAGCCCGUCCUCACCCACCCCGACUUCCACCCGGGCAACAUCUUCGUCUCCCGCGACGACCCCACCAUCAUCAUGGGCGUCAUCGACUGGCAGUUCACCUGCAUCAUGCCGCGCUUCACCCAAGUCCGGUGGCCGCUCUUCCUCACCCCGCCGGAGGGAUACCAGACGGGCCUGAGUAGACCACAGCUGCGGAAGCGGUUCACGCGGGCGAACGGACAACGCGGGAAGCAGGACGCCGCGUUGCGCACGAAAUGCUACGAGGCGGCGCUGGUGAAGACGCAUCUCGAGUCGUAUCUAGCCCUGACGGAGCCGGACGUGGCGGUGCGGCAGCUCUUCACGCGGGCUCCGUUUACGUACCGCGAUGGGAUUCUACCGCUGCGGGAUACGCUGAUUAAGAUCUCGCAGCAGUGGGGGAAGUUAGGCGUGAGGGAGGAGUGUCCGUAUCGGUUUUCGCGGGAGGAGGUGAAGCAGCACGAGAGGGAGUAUGGUGAGUAUGUCGAGUGGUGUAAACUGCGGGAGCAUACGCAUCAGCUGCUGCAUUCGAAUGAUGGGGGGUGGGUGCCUCCGGAAGUGGAUUUCGAGGAGACGCAGAGGAAACACGAUAAGUUGUUUCGACACUUUCUCAAGACGAAAAUGAAACACAUGACGGAGCAGGAGGCGAGGAAGUUGUGGUUUUUCCGGGAGAGGGGGUGAUGUUUAAGCUUGUUUUAAUUUUAUCUAGUCGUUAUAUACAUCAGCCAUAGCAAUU